GCGUUUGUCAGAGUAUCGGAGGAAUCCAGCAGAGCUAACACAGCCUCCUCCUGAGGGUCCCAACUCUGGAAUUUUGGUAAUCCAAGACCAAGACUCACAGACACGGGUUACAUGUUGCUUCAGCUCGUGGUUGGUGGUGGAUUCUUCUCUAAGUGGUUUGCCAUUGCCGCAAAAUCUUAAGCUAGCAGUCACAUUCAAUAUCGGAGGAGAUGACAGUACUCGUGACCCAGUUGUGUUCAUUCCUGUUCUUGAUAAGCCUCUAUCUUCAAACUGUUAUUACGCUAUUAAACGACAUGGGAAACAUUCAGGAGAAGCGUCUGGUAGUGCCAAGGAGGAAUGCGUUUUUCUCUUUGGACCAUUCCAGACCAAACAUGAUAACGCUUAUGGGGUUUAUGUUUCUUGUCACUUCUUCCCUGCUAGGUUAUAUAUAUUCACCUCAGUUGGAUUCUCCUCCUCCACGAUGGGUUCACUUCGCACAUGGUUUACUUCUCUUCUUGUAUCAGACAUUCGAUGCGGUCGAUGGGAAGCAAGCAAGAAGGACAAAUUCCUCUAGCCCCCUGGGAGAGCUUUUCGAUCAUGGUUGUGACGCACUUGCUUGUGCGUUUGAAGCCAUGGCAUUUGCAAGCACUGCGAUUACUGCCUUCCAGCUUCCUGCUUAUCAGUUGGGGCAGUCAAUACCAUUGUUUAGUUGGGUGCCAUUUGUGAAUGAGAUCCAAACUUCCAGAGCAGUGCUAUACAUGAUGAUCGCUUUUGCUGUUAUACCAACCAUUGCAUUCAAUGUGUCAAAUGUCUACAAAGUCGUUCAAUCAAGAAAAGGGAGCAUGGUGUUAGCACUAGCUAUGCUGUAUCCCUUUGUUGUCCUACUUGGAGGAGUUUUGAUAUGGGAUUACUUGUCUCCAAUCAAUCUCAUAGCAACAUACCCUCACUUAGUUGUACUCGGAACUGGACUUGCAUUUGGUUUUCUAGUGGGAAGAAUGAUUCUUGCUCACUUGUGUGAUGAGCCUAAAGGACUAAAAACAAACAUGUGCAUGUCGCUACUCUAUCUUCCCUUUGCGCUCGCAAAUGCGCUAACCGCGAGAUUGAAUGCUGGGGUUCCUCUAGUCGACGAAUUAUGGGUUCUUCUUGGCUACUGCAUAUUCACAGUGUCAUUAUACUUGCACUUUGCAACAUCGGUCAUCCAUGAGAUCACUGAGGCUCUUGGAAUCUACUGCUUCAGGAUCACGCGUAAAGAAGCUUGAAAAGAAACCUUUAAGGGUAAUGUUUUUUUGUGUGUGGAUCGUUGGAUUGACACAGCGAAUGGUCGAUAUGGACCUGUUGGAUCGGUGAUGUAUUUCUUCUUAUUAUUCAUUGUUGUCUGUUUGGUCAGGAUAGGUGAAUUAUGUAGAACUUUGUGUAAUGUUCUUGUUUUGGAUUUAUCCAUGGGAAUUAUUCUUGAAAUAAGGAGCACUUGAAAAUUGCUUGGCUGGAUUUGGUUUUGCAAGCAUUUGAGGAA